GGGGUUUUGAGGCAAAGACAGUCUUAAAUCUGUUUGACCCAUUUCUCCUCAGACCUGGGAGAGAGCGGGUUCUCAGAACACCUGUCUGUCAGGCAGUUGCCUACAGAUCAUGUGGCUGGUUAUGCUCUUUGACUAGCUUUCUGGGAGGGAUAGUAGGUUCCAAAACAUUGGACCACCUACUCUUAUUUAAAACACCCCCCUCCGCCGCAGGGAGUCGGGACAAGUGUAAUGGCGAAUAAAACAGUAAAUAGAGACCCAUUGUUGGCUCCAGCCAAGUCUUAAGAGCUUGGGGGUGGGGUGGUGGUGGCAGGGGGCUGGACACACACAUUAUCAGAAAAUGUGAGUACAGCCAGAAUUUGGCCAGCAUGGUUCAGGAUGGCAUCCUGGUAUGGGCCCAGAAUGGCUCUGUACCCGUGCAAGGGAUCUGGUGUGGCCGUCAUAGUAAGUGAGGGGCACGGAUGCCCAUUUUGGGGUUUUCAGCAAACAGGCUUGUUGAGGGGCACUAACAACCUUCUAUUGGCUGUUGAUAUGCACAGGCCAGGUUCCUGCUAUUGGCAAAGCAGACGAUUGUUAUUCUAAACCUUCUUCUGGUAACCAGGCACCCAGUAGCGAGCACACCAGGCUUCCUGCAAGAGCCAGCGUGAGGCAGCCAGGACUGCGGUUUGGCUGGUCAGCAGGUUGGGAGACCAGGCCUUUUUGGGCUCACAGAAGUGGACCAGAAGCGCAUGCCUGUUGCCUGCUUGCCUCUUCCUAUUGCUGGGGGAUUUUCUGCCUUUCUCAAACCCUGGGUCUGAAGGAGGAGUUCAGUUUGCUGAGGCCCUUGGAAUCCCCCUGAGAUCCACCUGAGCAUGACCCGGGACGAGGCCCUCCCCGACUCCCAUUCUGCACAGAGCUUCUAUGAGCACUAUGAACCCAAGGAGAUCCUGGGCAGGGGAGUUAGCAGCGUGGUCAGGCGCUGUAUCCACAAGCCUACAUGCCAAGAAUAUGCAGUAAAAAUCAUCGACAUCACAGGCGGAGGCAGCUUCAGCCCUGAGGAGGUGCAGGAGCUCCGGGAAGCCACACUGAAGGAGGUGGACAUCCUGCAGAAGGUCUCGGGACACCCCAACAUCAUACAGCUGAAGGACACUUACGAGACCAACACUUUCUUCUUCUUGGUAUUUGACUUGAUGAAGAGAGGGGAACUCUUUGACUACCUCACUGAGAAGGUCACCUUGACUGAGAAGGAAACCAGAAAGAUCAUGCGGGCCCUGCUGGAGGUGAUCAGCACCCUGCACAAACUCAACAUUGUCCAUCGGGACCUGAAGCCGGAGAACAUCCUUCUAGAUGAUGACAUGAACAUCAAGCUCACAGACUUCGGGUUUUCCUGCCAGCUGCAGCCAGGAGAGAGGCUCCGAGAGGUCUGCGGGACUCCUAGUUAUCUGGCCCCUGAAAUCAUCCAGUGUUCCAUGGACGACAGCCAUCCUGGCUACGGGAAGGAGGUGGACAUGUGGAGCACUGGGGUCAUCAUGUACACACUGCUGGCUGGCUCCCCACCCUUCUGGCACCGGAAGCAGAUGCUGAUGCUAAGGAUGAUCAUGGAUGGCAAAUACCAGUUUGGCUCGCCAGAAUGGGAUGAUUACUCAGACACAGUGAAAGACUUGGUGUCUCGCUUCUUGGUGGUGAAACCCCAGGACCGCUGCUCAGCAGAGGAGGCCUUGGCUCACCCUUUCUUCCAGCAGUAUGUGGUGGAAGAAGUGCGACACUUCAGUCCCCGGGGCAAGUUCAAGGUGAUCUGUCUAACCGUGCUGGCCUCGGUAAAGAUCUACUACCAGUACCGUCGGGUGAAGCCCGUAACCAGGGAGAUCGUCAUCCGGGACCCCUACGCCCUGAGGCCCCUACGGAGGCUCAUCGACGCCUACGCUUUCCGAAUAUACGGCCACUGGGUGAAGAAAGGGCAGCAGCAGAAUCGGGCUGCCCUCUUCGAGAACACACCCAAGGCAGUGCUCCUCUCCUUGGCCGAGGAGGAGGACUUCUGAGGGGUGGCGGGGCACAGGGGGAGGCAGACAGCAGACACCCCCAGAACUGUGGGGCGACCCCAAACAGGCCUCUGUGUCGGAGCAGGGGGCCCUACCCUGUGCGCUCAGAAGCUCCCCACUAGAAGCGCAGGGCGUUCCCAUUAAACAGCAGUAAUGACAGCUGGGGCUGGGGGUGGUGGCAUGCGCCUGAGGUCCGGAAGCAGUAGGGCCCCAGGUUCCAGGCCAGCCUGGGCAGCUUAAUGAUGAAUGUUUCAAAUUAAAAAUAGGGCUGGGGAUGUAACUCUGCGGUGAGUGUAAGGCCCUGAGUUCAAUCUCCGGCAUGACAGACAUAAAUAAACAAAUAAAU